AUGUCCAUGAACUGCAAGAAUGCAUCCUCCAUCAGUAUCACUGUAAUGUUAACAGCCUAUAAGGAUAUGGCUUCGAGCAAAAUUGUAUUUUUUAUUGUUGUUCUCUUCAUAUACAUUGCCUCUGUGAUAGCCAAUGUGUCCCUAUUACUACUGACAUACAUAGACACUUCCUUGCAUAAGCCGAUGUAUAUAUUUUUGUUUAACCUCAUUGCCAAUGGGAUGAUAGGAAGUACAGCUGUUUGGCCGAAGGCUAUGGUCAUCCUUUUGACAGAUGUAGCUACAGCAUCGUAUGAAAGCUGUCUUACCCAGGUUUUUUUUAUUGGAACCUACGGAUCUUGUAACUACUCUGUCCUAACAGUAAUGGCUUAUGACAGAUUUGUCUCCAUAUUUCAGCCUUUGCAGUACCACACCAUUAUGACCCCACAGAAAGUAAAACAAUUGUUGCUUGCUGCUAAUAUCAUGCCAAUAGCCCUGAUAGUAGGUCAAAUACUGAUGACUUCACGGAUACCCCUGUGCAAAUCCAACCUUCAUAAACUAUUCUGUGACAAUUUAUCUGUUUCUAAUCUAUCAUGUGAUGGCUGCUUUCAAAGUCAGCUGAGUAACCUGUAUGGUGUAUGUCUUAUUAUUGUUAUUGUGGUACUUCCCAUCUUUUUAAUAUUAGUGUCAUAUGUGAAGAUAAUAGAGUUAAGUUUGAAGUCUUCAAAAAAUGCAAGAAAGAAGGUGUUUGAAACAUGUAUGCCGCAUUUGAUUGUUUUUGUCAAUUUUUCAUUCGUGUCAUUGUUCUCUGUCAUUUACAACCGUGUCAAUGCUUACCUACCAGGAGGUGUUAAUAUAUUUGUGUCAUCAAGUUACAUACUACUCCCUCCACUCCUUCAUCCAAUUAUUUAUGGCAUAAAAACUAAAGAAAUAAGACAAAGCCUCUCCAAAAUCAAGACCAAGGCUGUUUUGGCACUUUCUUAAUGUCAC